AUGGCUCCCGCCGUCGGUAUCGACUUGGGCACGACCUACUCGUGUGUGGGUGUGUUCCGCGAGGAUCGUUGCGAAAUCAUUGCCAAUGACCAGGGUAACCGGACCACCCCGUCGUUCGUGGCCUUCACGGACACCGAGCGUCUCAUUGGAGAUGCCGCCAAGAACCAGGUCGCCAUGAACCCUCACAACACCGUUUUCGACGCCAAGCGCCUUAUUGGCCGCAAGUUCGCCGAUGCUGAGGUUCAAGCCGACAUGAAGCACUUCCCCUUCAAGAUCAUCGACCGUGCUGGCAAGCCCAUCAUCGAGGUCGAGUUCAAGGGCGAGCAGAAGACCUUCACCCCGGAGGAGAUUUCUUCCAUGGUCCUGACCAAGAUGCGCGAGACUGCUGAGUCUUACCUCGGUGGCACUGUCAACAACGCUGUUGUCACUGUCCCCGCCUACUUCAACGACUCACAGCGUCAAGCCACCAAGGACGCCGGUCUCAUUGCUGGCCUCAAUGUCCUGCGUAUCAUCAACGAGCCCACUGCGGCCGCCAUCGCUUAUGGUCUCGACAAGAAGGUUGAGGGCGAGCGCAACGUCCUCAUCUUCGAUCUUGGUGGUGGUACUUUCGAUGUGUCCCUCCUGACCAUUGAGGAGGGUAUCUUCGAGGUCAAGUCGACUGCUGGUGACACCCACUUGGGUGGCGAGGACUUUGACAACCGUCUUGUCAACCACUUCGUUAUGGAGUUCAAGCGCAAGUUCAAGAAGGAUCUUUCCACCAACGCCCGUGCGCUCCGCCGCCUGCGCACUGCUUGCGAGCGUGCCAAGCGCACUCUUUCGUCGUCGGCUCAGACCUCGAUCGAGAUCGACUCUCUCUUCGAGGGCAUCGAUUUCUACACCUCCAUCACCCGUGCUCGCUUUGAGGAGCUGUGCCAGGAUCUUUUCCGCUCGACCCUGCAGCCCGUUGACCGCGUCCUGACCGAUGCUAAGAUCGACAAAGCCCAGGUCCACGAGAUCGUCCUCGUCGGUGGUUCCACUCGUAUCCCCCGUAUCCAGAAGCUUAUUAGCGAUUACUUCAACGGCAAGGAACCCAACAAGUCGAUCAACCCCGACGAGGCUGUUGCCUACGGUGCUGCCGUCCAGGCUGCCAUUCUGUCCGGCGACACUACCUCCAAGUCGACCAACGAGAUCCUCCUGCUCGACGUUGCCCCCCUCUCGCUCGGUAUCGAGACUGCUGGUGGCAUGAUGACCAAGCUCAUCCCCCGUAACACCACCAUCCCGACCAAGAAGUCCGAGGUUUUCUCGACCUUCUCUGACAACCAGCCUGGUGUGCUUAUCCAGGUUUACGAGGGUGAGCGCCAGCGUACCAAGGACAACAACUUGCUCGGCAAGUUCGAGCUUACCGGCAUCCCGCCCGCCCCUCGCGGCGUACCUCAGAUCGAGGUUACCUUCGAUCUCGAUGCCAACGGCAUCAUGAACGUCUCCGCUCUCGAGAAGGGUACUGGUAAGACGAACCAGAUUGUCAUUACCAAUGACAAGGGUCGUCUAUCCAAGGAGGAUAUCGAGCGUAUGCUUGCGGAGGCCGAGAAGUUCAAGGAGGAGGAUGAGGCUGAGGCUAGCCGCGUCUCCGCCAAGAACGGCCUCGAGUCGUACGCGUACUCUCUUCGCAACACCCUCAGCGACCCCAAGGUCGAUGAGAAGCUCGACGCCGCUGACAAGGAGACCCUCCGCGCCGAGAUCGACAAGAUCGUCACCUGGCUCGACGAGAGCCAGCAGGCCACCCGCGAGGAGUACGAAGAGCACCAGAAGGAGCUGGAGGGUGUCGCCAACCCCAUCAUGAUGAAGUUCUACGGUGCUGGCGGUGCUCCUGGUGGCAUGCCUGGCGGUAUGCCCGGCGGUAUGCCCGGUGGUGCCCCUGGUGGCUUCCCCGGUGGUGCUCCUGGCGGUGCCGGCCAUGACAACGAUGGCCCCACCGUUGAGGAAGUCGACUAA